UUCUAAGCCUUCCCUCGUCUUUCACUUUUCUCUCUCUCCAUCUCUCUAUCCGUCUGUUUUUCAUUUACCGCUUUUUUCUCUCUCUUCGCUCCCGCCGGGAAACCGCCCUUUGUCACCGGAAAACAGCUUCUGUUUCCGGCGGAGAGCGUCUCUGAGAGCCAGGAAAACCUCCAAUCUAUCUUUUAUUGGCAAUUUCUGUCGAUAUAACGAACAUUUUUUUUUUUUUUUUUUGUGUCUUGGAUUCCGAUCUCCUUCUGUACCUCCGUUCGGUGGAGUACGUGGCUUGUUCUCAGAAUGUGGUGAGUUUGGCUGCUGUCUGAUGGUGUGGUUUGAUUUUAUGUGGCGAAGCUUGUGAUCUAGGGUUUGGUAUUGUAGAUUUGGCUUCUUGUUGGAUUGUUUGGUUAGGUGAAUUGGGAGAAAACGGAGGCGUGUAGAAAACCAUUGCGGCAUGAGAUGGUGGAAGGAAGGGGGUGUUUGUCGAAGGAAAUUAGAAAUGGGUUAGAAAUUUUGAAGCGAAAACGGCUUCAACGGCUUCAACGGCUUCAACAAAUGAAAUCAGAAACAGUCUCCAAGACUGCAGGUGUCACCAAUAUGAUGGCCAGAAGUGGAGGAGAUGCUCUCCAGGUUUCAGCGCCUUGUGGUGUGAGACUGCAUGGGAAUGUGGAUACAUAUUCUCAGUCAAGUGGUGCCUCAACUGAAAAGGAUUUCUUUUCAAAGCGCAAGGUUGAUAAGUUCAGCACUAGUGACCUAGAAUGGAUUGAAAAGAUUCCAGAAUGUCCUGUUUAUUUCCCAACUAAAGAGGAAUUUGAAGAUCCUUUGGUUUACUUGCAGAAGAUUGCCCCUGAAGCUUCAAGAUAUGGAAUAUGCAAAAUUGUUUCCCCUGUGUUUGCUACUGUUCCUGCUGGGGUGGUAUUGAUGAAGGAGAAGGCAGGAUUUAAGUUCACAACUAGAGUACAACCUCUCCGUCUUGCUGAGUGGGAUACAGAUGACAAAGUCACUUUUUUCAUGAGUGGGCGAAAUUAUACAUUUCGUGAUUUCGAGAAAAUGGCAAACAAGGUUUUUUCACGUAGAUAUUAUAGUGCUGGUUGCCUUCCCACCACGUACUUGGAAAAAGAGUUUUGGCAGGAAAUUGCAUGUGGGAAGACAGAAACUGUUGAAUACGCAUGCGAUGUUGAUGGUAGUGCCUUUUCUUCUUCUCCUGGUGAUCCACUUGGAAAUAGCAAAUGGAAUUUGAAGAAACUCCCAAGGUUAUCAAAAUCUAUUCUGCGUCUGCUUGAAACUGCCAUCCCGGGAGUAACUGAUCCCAUGCUUUACAUUGGUAUGCUAUUUAGUAUGUUUGCUUGGCAUGUGGAGGAUCAUUAUUUGUAUAGUAUUAAUUACCAUCACUGUGGGGCAUCAAAAACUUGGUAUGGCGUUCCAGGUGAGGCAGCUUUAAAAUUUGAAAAGGCGGUGAAGGAACAUGUGUACACUUCUGAUAUUCUGUCCACUGAUGGCGAGGAUGGAGCUUUUGAUAUACUUCUGGGGAAAACAACUUUGUUUCCCCCUAAUAUUUUGUUGGAUCAUGGUGUCCCAGUGUACAAGGCUGUGCAGAAUCCUGGAGAGUUUGUAAUUACCUUUCCUAGAGCAUAUCAUGCUGGAUUCAGUCAUGGUUUCAACUGUGGUGAAGCUGUCAACUUUGCAAUAGGUGACUGGUUUCCUUUGGGGGCUGUAGCAAGCUGGCGUUAUGCAUUUCUCAAUAGGGUGCCCCUCCUUCCUCAUGAAGAACUUCUUUGCAAAGAAGCAAUGAUUCUUUAUACAAGUUUAGAGUUGGAAGAUUUGGAUUAUUCAUCACCAGACAUGGUCUCCCACCAUUACACUAAGCUUUCUUUUGUGAAAUUGAUGCGAUUCUUGCAUAGGGCUCGUUGGUCUAUAAUGCAAUCAAGGGCAUGCUCUGGUGUAUUUCCAAAUUCUUAUGGAACUAUUGUCUGCAGCCUAUGCAAACGGGACUGUUAUGUUGCUUUCAUUAACUGCAGCUGUUACUUGCAUCCUGUUUGUUUGCGACAUGAUAUUAGGUCGCUUGAAUUUUCAUGUGGCAAUAGUCAUACUCUCUUCUUGAGGGAUGAUGUGGUGGAGUUGGAAGCUGCAGCCCAGAAGUUUGAGCAGGAAGAUGGUUUAUCCAAGGAAACUGAACAACAAUCAAAAUGUGAUGAUGACUUGUACUCAUAUCCACUGUCAAGUACAUUUCAGACUUCUGCUGAGGAUGGAUAUUAUCCAUAUUGUGAGAUUAACUUCAAUUUAAAUUAUGGGAUUGACACAGUUACUAUGGGUCAAUCAGAAGAACAUGUCUGUCCUACAUUGUAUAACUAUAAAGACACUGAAGUGACAGAUGGUUCCUCUUCUUUUGCUGCAUCAACAAUUUGUUCUUUCACAGAACAAGUUGGAUCUGUGCCAAAAACUCAGGUAGAGAGGAUAGCCAAUUUAGGAGAUACUGCUACUAAAAUGUCAUCUGAAGUUCUAUCACCCUGCAAGGUUCAAUCUUCUCCAUUGUCAUCAUUUGAGGAUCACCGGCAUAGUGUUCAGGGCAAUCUUCAUCAUUCUGAUUGUAAGUCUAAAGUGGAUCAAGACACUGAUGAUUCUGACUCAGAGGUAUUUAGGGUUAAGCGCCGUUCUUCUUUGAAGGUGGACAAAAGAACCAUAAAUCAGGCAAUGUUUUCAAAGCAUCCUGAACAGCAGGGACUCAGGCGAUUAAAGAAACUUCAGCCUGUAGGACGAAGAUGUGGGCAAGCAAUGCCGUUGGAGUACUGCAGAACUGAUGAAUCGAAUUGCAGUAAAUCUGCCCCUAACUGGAAAGAUAAUCCUGAGACUUUGAAGGACCGAUUUGGUAGACGAAGUUCUCUUACAAUUUCUAUCAAAUACAGAAAGUCGGGCAAUGACAACGUGCUGAGUAGACAACGAGAGCGGCACAGGAGUGAUGGAAGGUUGGAGCAAGAGGUAGGAAAAACAAUGAGGGAGCCUCCUCGUAUAGAGUUUGGGCCAAAGCGACCCAAAUUCAAAGGCCCAACAUAUCCGGAGUCAGGGCACAGAUUGUUUUGAAAUUUAGAUUCCAGAAACUGACAAGAAAUCGGGUCGGCCUGCCUCGGGGAGCCAGACUUCGCUAACACUUCAUAUUCUCUAAUGGGGUUCUAACAACACUGGAAAAUUGACAUUAUUGAUCCUGGGAGCAGCAGCAGUGAAGAUUAACCAAGCUUAGGACAAAAAUUUUCAUUCUUUGUGCAGGCCCCGAACUGGGGCAUUUUGCGCAUUCGUGAUUCUUGGGGGUUCUCCAUGCCAGAGUGUUUUUCUGCCCUUGGUAGGAGGUCCUUCCUGCAAAUGCUGAAGUAGGGAAUUUCGUUAGUAACUCUGUAAAAUUGUUUUCUAUCUGUCCAAUUUAAUUCUUAGGAGAAGUGGGAAUUCCAGCUUCUCCUUGUUUAAAAUGUGCUGCUUCCCUUGCUACGUUCCUUAAUUCUUUUUGUAGCAAUGUACUACUAAAAUAAAGCGCAGAGAAAUGCCUGUUCGCCUUUUAUUUUCAAUGUC